GAGGGGCACUAGCUUGUGGGAGCUAUUCGCGUACACACUUGUUAGACUGAGGGGACGCUCGUAAAGUUUCGACAUGGCUCAUAGCAACGCUGUUCUCCGCCUGUCUGCUGUGCUGUUGUUAGUCACCGCCAUCGUACGCCCAGGAGAUGGACUACAAUGUUACAAGUGCACCUCUGACAGUGAUCCAAAAUGUGAGACCAAUCCACAGGAGACUGAGAACUGUGAUGAUUUACCUGACUUUAGCAAAAUUACAGGGGGCCUGCUUGAAGUGAAACCUGCCUGUUUAAAGGCCAUUGUUCGAGAUAAUGAACAUGGUGGCAAGCAGAUAGUGGUGCGAAGCUGCAUAGUAGACACAUCUUUGAUGAAGACCUGUGACAUUGCUGAAAAAAUGAAUCUACCAUCAAAUGCUGAAGUUACAUUUUGUGAUAGUUGCCAAGAUGAUCUCUGCAACAAUGGCAACCACCUUGCUGUCUCUUUCCUGGCAUUGUUGCUUCCUUGCAUUAUUACUCUCAUCCUUUCACCCAUUCAUUAAAAUGAUGUUGCUUGCACCACACACACUACAUAAUUAUCUUAGUUUAUACUUCAGACAAAUAUAAUAUGUCUGAAAUACAUGUUUAUAGCUGUACAGUCCUUUAAAUGUAGACUAAAGCAACUAUGUGAUGUUCAGUGUGAAGUGACCUUGUGAAGAAAGUCCUUAUGAAAAUCAAUUAUUAAUAUGUCAACUGACAAAUCUGCAAGAAACUGCUGUAUGGUUGUUUCUUAGUAAUAUAUUUACAUAGUAUUAUUACGUGUUUCUGUUCAUAUUCGUCCUGUAGAUACUACUGCUGACACUCCUUUCUAUCAUAACUUCUCAAUGGAGAUUCUGAUUCUUGCACCUCGCACUGAAAUAAUCCAUUGUGUAGCUAAGUGCUUAUUUGUGGAGCAUUUGUGAAUCAUUUCACUUUCAUCUAAGUUGAAUAACGAUGUAGGACAUGAUAUCUUCAUAUUUCAACAGUGCCAGUCAUUUAGAAACUUCAACACUUGGAGCACAUACUUGCAAUACAUGAAACAGUAUGUUGAUGAUUAUUACAUGUACUUACUUUUAUAUAAAUUUUUAUAAAGUGUGACAUUAAUGUAGGUUUGUGUAAGAGCAGUCUAAGUUAUGAUAUUUUAAUUGAACUUUAAGUACUGUAUUGUAAUGCUUGUGUGUAUAAAUCUGGU